AUGCUUGGAUUUAGUCAAACACACGAUUUAUCCUCAAUGUAUACUCCAAAUCGUACAAUGAUCGAUUGGUCUGACCAAACAUUAUCAACAAAUAAUUUUUGUGAUGAAAUCGAUGAAAUUGAUGAAAUCAUGAAACAUGAACAUGAAGAUGUUAUAUUACUUGAUGAUUCUUUAUCCGUCCCACCACUCGACCUUGAUUUAGAUUCAAUAUCUGAUCUACUUGAAAAUCCUUCAUCAUCAUCAAUAGCAACAUCAAAUUUUACUGAACCAUUGAAUAUAAAUGAACUCACAUCAACAUCGACAGCAUUUUCAAUGAAUAAUAAUAAUAAUUCACGUUCAACAACAACAUCUGCAUAUUCAUCAUUAGGUAUAAGUCCUAAAUUUACAACAUUAAGUUUAAAUAAUCAUUAUAUUCAAUCAAAUAAUUUACAUCUACCACUAUUUGUUCAACAACAAGAUAAUUCUAUUUUUGGUACAUCGUAUCCUAAUGAAUUACAAAGUAAUACAAAUGGUCAAUCGGAUGUAAAACGUUUUCGAUCGGCUAGUAUGAAUGAUGGACCAUCAUCAUUACAUCAACAUAAUAAAUUAGAUCUUACUAUAUUCGACCCAAAUCGUUUUAAAAGUCCAAAUUAUGUUAAUCUUCCAUCGUAUCAAAAUAAACCAGCAUCAUUAACAGUUUCAACAGAUGUCUCAUCGAAUUCGGCUUGGUGUCCUCGACCAUCAUCAAAUUCAUUUUCUGAAGUUGAAAAUCAACAACAACGACUUCGAUUAAAAUCGAAUCUAUCAUCAUCAUUUAAUGGUUCAUCGAAUUUUCAUUAUCGUCGACAAACUAGAUUUCCAAAUGAAACUAAAUUUCAACCACAAACAUUAUAUUCAAUUAAUCAAUCGACAAAUGAAGAUUCAACACCUCCAACUCGCAAACGUCCAUCAUUAGUUGAUUUUCCUGUUGAAGAAAUCAAAGAUGAUCCAAGUAGUCCAAGUUGUACUAUCGAACAACACAGUGAGACUGAACUUUGGUCAGAUUAUGAACAAAAUUCUUCUGAUCAUAUACAAGAUGAUGAUAAUAAUCUAACUUCAGAUGAUGAUGAUGAUGAUGAAACAACUGUAUCAACAAGUACAAAACCAUCUGGAGCACAUCCAUCAUCAUCACUUUUUUGGCAAUAUAAUGUCCAAUCAAAAGGACCAAAAACUAAACGAAUACUUUAUUUAAAAGAACGUGAUCCACAUUUACAUCGUGAAUUUAGUGAUCCUGUUUAUCAAAUAAAAUUAACUCAAACAAAAGGACAAACAUUUAAUAAACUUCGUAAAGGUGAUGGAAAUGAUGUUACACCAAAUCCAAUGAAACUUUACGAACUUGGAAAACAAAUUCGUGAUCUUUCAAAUAAUUCAUCAUCUGUUUAUCAUGGAAUUUAUCAUGCUGAUCCACAUACAAAUAAUAAUGAUACAGCAGAAGUUAAAAAAGAAAAGAAUAAAAUUGCUAGCAGAGCAUGUCGACUUCGUAAAAAAGCUCAACAUGAAGCAAAUAAAGUUAAACUACAUGGUCUCAAUGAAGAACACAAAUCAUUAAUCGAUAUAAUUGCAUCGACAAAAUUAAUUAUUCUCAAACGAUAUCAACAGGGUCAACUUACUUCACCAUCUUCAUCACCAAAUAGUUCACUCGAAGCUGCAUUCGAUCAACUUAUUGCUAAUAAAUACAAUCAACCAGUAGCUGGAAAUUCUGAUGGUUUUGUUCAAACAAUUAUAAACGAUAUGGAACUUUUAUAUACUCCCAAACAACAACGCAGUUACAGUCUUAAUACAUAA